CUCUUGUUUCUGCUUGCUUUCCAUGCUUCCAUCUUUCGGGUUGGAGCUAAGGUGAUGCAUACAUAGUAUACUACCCGUUGAAACCCCGACUCGACAAGUUGACUUGCCUCGGUUCCUCCGCAACAUAUCAAGAAUACCAGCUUAUACAUGCACCUGACAGCAACAGACGAUAAACUCCCAGGCACAACCGGUAUUGAAAAGGAAGGAGAGAGAGACACAGACAGAGGAGAAAAGAGAAAAGAUGGCGACCCGACGAGACAACAAGAUCGAGAAGAUCAUCGCGCGGCUGCAGAAGCGCAUUGCCGAGGGGCAGUUCGAGGAGCAGUACGAGGCCGGGCAGGAGACGCGGCUGGUGGCGGCGCGCUACACCAAGACGGAGAACUGGGGCGCCGCCAUCGACAUCCUGUCGAGCGUGUCGCAGGCGCUGCUCAAGGCCGGGCAGGGCGGCAGCGGCGGCGACCUCGCCGUGCUGCUGGUCGACGUGUACAAGCAGGCGAAGCACAAGCCCGACGCCGAGUCGCGGGCCAAGCUGCUGACGUGCCUGCGCCUGUUUGACAGCGAGGAGCCGGUGCGCAAGAAGUACAUCAAGGAGAUGAUGGACUGGUCGAGGAAGUUCGGCGACUACCCUGCGGGUGAUCCUGAGCUACACCACGUCGUGGGCUCGCUCUACGCUGACGAGCACGAGACGGACGAGGCUGAGAAGCACUUGAUAUUAGGCACGAAGGACUCGCCCGAGGUUCUUACUCGCAUGGAGUACACGUGGUACAAGGAGGACGACUCCCACACGGCACCCCUCUAUGCCGCGCGGGCCGUGUUACCCUAUCUGCUGGUCGCUAAUGUCCGGGCAGCCAAUACUUCCUACAGAGCCUUCACCAGCGCGCUGACCUCGGACAAAAAGGACCUCAGCGUCCAGGACGUCAGCUCGCAGAACUCCGACGUCCGCGUUUUCCCGAGCCUCCCGCUGCUCAAUUUCCUGGGCUUGCUCCUCCUUGCCGUUCAAAGAGGCAGCCCCGACCUGUUCCGGCAGCUGCGGAAUAAGUAUGCUCCCAACAUCAACGAAUUGGGGGGCGCGUGGGACACGGCGCUGGAGAUGAUUGCCGAGAUGUACUUUGGGAUCCAGCGGCCCCGGCAGAGCAAUCCGCUAUUCGAUAUGAUGGGCAGCCUGUUUGGUGGCGGCGGAGGCGGAGGCGGCCCCCCGGGGGGGCGGCCGGCAGCUCGCCGGGUAGAAGCCCCGACUGCCGAAGGCCUGGACUAGAGAGUAAGGCUUUCAUGGCCUGGAUAGACUAGGCAAGAUACAGACACAGACGGGCAAAGAACACGAAUUGGUAGUGUACGGAAGCCAAAUCAGCUUCUCAUGCUGUACGCUUUUCUCACUGGUGACGUGGUAGCUCUUCUCGCUCGAACACCCAAUUGUCCUCGGCUAACGCAGCAACUUUGGCUCUCAAACUCGCUCUAACUGCCUCAAGCAGCUCUGUAAUCAUACGCACUUGGUCUCAGUUGAGGUUCAUGUUGACGGAUAGGGUUAAGGGGCCUAUAGGGAGUUUUAGAAGAGGAAGAGAAUCUCACCUUCUGGUUGUGCAGGUACACUA